AUGGUAGGAGAUGAUGAGGCGGCAAGUGGGAUUGGGAACAGGGUGGACGGGCAUUUUUCACUCUUGCAAAUGGCCAAAUCUAGGAGAAUGGGCUUGGAGUGUGCAUGGUCUUUGUUUGAUGUUCCUCCUAUGCUCACGAGUGUGGCCCAGCGCAGUAGGGCCAGUCAGCUGGACCCUGUCCGUCAGGACGUCAAUGAUAUGUGUGCGGGCACUCAGUGUAUGCACACGCCAGAGAGCCCAGAUGGCAUGGCGCAUGGGCCGGGCGGCCUGGCCUCAUGGACCAAUGUCUUAUACGCUCAACUUGAUAAUAGACAGGACCCGGAGCGAUGGCGCUUUUCAGAGGAACAGAUGCUUAAGUUUAGCCCUGAUGUUGGGGAAGCUUCUGUGAGACAAGCUUUAACUUUCAAACCACCUCAAGCAGAUAUAUCAGGGGACCUUGUAACCCAGAGCUGGGGAUACACAAAGAUCAGCGUCCAGAAAUUCUCCUACAAGUGGACCAAAAACUUCUAUUUCUGCUUGGAGGGAAUGUCGGAAGUCACUGAAAGUCCCACUUUCUCACCAGGAGCCAAUGGCAAAUGGUGUGUGAGAAUAUACCCAAAUGGAUCCGAUAUAGAAAGCAAAGAUGACCUGUCAGUUUACCUACAGUUGCUCAGCUGUGCAAAGAAUCAUGUUUGGGCAAAGUUCCAGUUCUGGAUCAUAAGUGCCAAAGGAGAGAAAACACAAAUUAUGAGGAGCACAAGAGUCACUAGCUUUGGGCAAUUCUCCUGGGAUGGAUUCAAAAAGUUCAUCCUUAGAGAUUUCCUCUUGUCUCAUGUGCAGCAGCUUCUUCCAGGUGACCAGCUCACCCUCCUCUGCCAGGUGAGCCUGGUCCAUGACUCCUUCAACCUCUCUGAUGAGAGCACGAAGCCAGGGAUUCAAGUUCCCAGAUGCACAUUGGCAGAUGGACUAGGAGAGCUGUGGGAGAAUUCCCGAUUCACAGACUGCUGCCUGGCAGUAGCUGGCCAAAAAUUCCGGGAUCACAAGGCCAUCUUAGCAGCUUGCUCUCCAGUUUUCAGAGCCAUGUUUGAACAUGACAUGGAGGAGAGCACAAAGACCUGGGUUGAGAUCCUUGAUCUGGAGCCACAAGUCUUCAAGGUAAUGGUGGACUUCAUUUUCACUGGGAAGGCACCAGACCUCCACAGCAUGGCAGAUGCUGUGCUGGCAGCUGCUGACAACCUGGAGCGUUUGAAGGUCGUGUGUGAGGAUGCCCUCUUCAGGGACUUCUCUGUGGAGAAUGUUGCCCACACUCUCUACCUGGCUGACCUCCAUAGUGCAGGGCAGCUGAAAUCCCAGACACUGGAUUUCAUUACAGCUCAUGCCUCUGAGGUCUCUGAGUCCUCAGGCUGGAAGAUAAGGGUGGGGUCAUGUCCCCACUUGGUGGCUGUAGCAUAUUGUUCCCUGGCUUAUUCAAGAGGCCCUCUCCUGGAGCUCCCUCUCAAUCCUCUGAAGAGAUCUUAG